AUGGGUGAUCAAUGCAAUUGUGUCUCAUUGAGCGACACCUCCAUCGGGCUUGUGCGCCCAACAGUUAAAAAGGCAACGCAACCGGGUGUUUCAGUCAUCACAACCGACCAGGUAGCAAAGGAGACAUCUUCAACGAGUUUAAGCCAUUUUGAGAUGGUGCCUGGCGGCUGCUGUUCCCUUGUAGUCGUCCCGUUGCUGGCCGUUUUUGUUGGCACAGGUUUGGUGAAGGUGGAUGUUACUCCAUUGUGUGCGGCGCUGGGUGCACUCUUGCCAAAGUAUGUUCCAAAGACCACUGAUGGAAAGCCCUUGGUCAUUCCAAACAAGGAGAUCCGCAGAUUCCUCGAAACGUAUGGCAUGAAAGGUCCAAUGGCAACACGCCCUGAAAGUGAACAGCCUUCAUUGCGAGGAGUGUACAUGUUUGAUCAAAUGGGCCCUGCUGGUUGGAUCGACUUCAGCUACUUGACCAAAUGGGACCCAUCCACAGGAGCAAUGGACACGAACAUUUAUGACAUCACUGCCCAAUCAGGCGUUCCUGCACCCAGAUUUGGUGGCAUUGGACCCUUCAUGCCUGGUGGGUAUUUGAUUGCAGGUGCUGAGAAAAUGCAAUCCACCAUGCGCUUCUAUUGUCCAGUGCAUGUGCGAGACGGUGAUCGGUGCCUCAUAGUGGGAUCCUCUUCUGGAAAUCCCUUUCCAGACCGGGAUGAGGCCGGGCGAACUCAUUUUCGAAUGAUGCUGAAGCAAGUUGAUGGGGGACGAAAAUACACAAGGGACACCUGGAUUGUGCCACCUUGGGCCGUUGCAGACGAUGCAUAUGCGGAAAGUCAUGAGACGUUUCACACCUAUAACCUGCUCCGCUUGAUGCAUGCAAACAGGAGCAUUGAUGAGGAGCACUUUAGUCUUUUCAUGGAGAAAUUCGAUGGUCAGGACCUUGACAAGGUAGCGAAGGAGACAUCUUUAACGAGUUUAAGCCAUUUCGAGACGGUGGCCGGCGGCUGCUGUUCCGUUGUAGUCGUCCCAUUGCUGGUGAAGGUGGAUGUUACUCCAUUGUGUGCGGCGCUGGGUGCACUCUUGCCAAAGUAUGUUCCAAAGACCACUGAUGGAAAACCCUUGGUCAUUCCAAACAAGGAGAUCCGCAGAUUCCUCGAAAAGUAUGCCAUGAAAGGUCCAAUGGCAACACGCCCUGAAAGUGAACAGCCUCCAUUGCGAGGAGUGUACAUGUUUGAUCAAAUGGGCCCUGCUGGCUGGAUCGACUUCAGCUACUUGAUUCGGGACACGAAUAUACCCUAG